AUGAAUGCCUCUAUUGCUGUUAUAAUCGCUUCUGCCUAUGGCGACCAAGAAAUUACGCAACACAGCACCCAUUACGUGAAUGAAAUACCUUUGUGUGAUGGAUCACCCAGCUGUUUGGUGGAUUAUUAUCAAUUUGAUAAUUUCGCGAGAGUGUUGUCAGGAAAUAUCUCGUUACAGAGGAGAGUGUCGGGCAUCGAUCGCGCGGUUUGGGUCCCUUAUUUGAUCGACAAUCCUCUCCUCCGUCUAUUUACCGCAUGCGACGACAUACAGGCUUCACCAUUCGAGUCCCUAUUACCUCCAGAUUCCCUUUCUCCAAGGCCCAUUGAGGAGAUUUUUAAAAUCGAGCCAUGGCAGUGUCGCAAUCGAACCUUCAUGAGAGCAAUCGAGGAUCUUUCCAUCAAUAUCACCAUAGGUUAUCUUGGUUCUCCUGAUCUCACUAGCAGCAGCACGGAAUAUGCAAAUGUCACCACUUCAGACACUAGGAACGUCUACGUCUAUCAUCCGCUCUACCUCGUUCUUUCCUAUAGUAUCGGGUUUUUCCUGGCAAGCCUUUGUGGUGCAAUUGGUUUUUACUCAAUGCAUGUUAAUGGCGUUUCACAUUCAAACUCCUUCUCCGCCAUCAUGCUUAUAACAAGGAAUGCAGACUUGGACAUCUUGGCAAGAGAGAAGUCUUUGGGAUCUGAUCCAUUGCCUAAAAGUAUCAAAAACACAAAGUUAAGGUUGGACCGUUGGUAUCACAACAUGGUCCCGAGAAGAGAGGUUCUGAUGAUUCUCCUCGGCACGUUGCGUUCGGGCUUGAGGGAAGUGUUGACGAAUUGA